UUCUCUCUCUAAAACUCUCUCUCUACUCUUACCAAGAUAUCUCUUACUUCAAACCAAGAAGGCUUGAUAUUCUCUGUGUCCGUAUAUAUAUUUUUAUGUGCUCUGUUUUGAGAUUACAAGACUUCCAUAAUCCUCCAAUCCUAUUUUCUUGGCAACCAAACAGGGGACAAGUCCCAUACAAUUGCUGGGCCGUGUUGGGUUUUCUUUCUAUUAGCUUAACAACUGAAAAGACUUCUGGAAUUUCCUUUUCUGCAGUAGUCCCGGCAACCAAACAAAGGGUGGGUGAUGGCUGCUCCCUUCGUACUCCACGGCACCCUUUAUGCCACCAUAUUUGACAUUGAUAGGCUAUACGGCGGAUGUGAGUGUGGUCACAUCAUCAAGACAAGCAGGACACAGAAUUUACCAAAAAGAUUGUUAGGGGAAGUGAAGAGAAUGGUACUGUGCAGGCCUGAGGUUAUUGGUUCCAAACUCUAUGCAACAGUGGAUCUUGAAAAGGCGAGGGUGGCGCGGACCAGGCUGAUAGAAAAUCGACGAUAUUCCAAGCCCCGGUGGUUCGAGUCCUUUCGAAUAUACUGUGCCCACCGGAUUUCCAACAUCAUAUUCACAAUCAAAGAAGAUAAUCCUGUUGGAGCAAGACUGAUUGGAAGAGCCUAUGUUUCUGUUGAGGCAAUCAAAUCGGGGCAUGAAGUGGAUCUGCAGGUGGAGAUAUUGGAUGAAGACAGAAAUCCUUUACCAGGCCAUUCUAGAAUCCAUGUGAAGUUGCACUUUUUCCAUGCCAAGAAACAGAGCGAUUGGUCAAAAGGAAUUCUCAAUCCUGAGUUGGGGGAAGUCCCGUGCACAUUCUUCAUGCAGAGGCAGGGUUGCAAAGUUUCACUCUACCAAGAUGCCCAUGUCCCCCAUGGCGGUAAGCCUCAAUUCCCUCUUUCCGGAGGAAGGUUUCAUGAAUACCACAGGUGCUGGGAGGACAUUUUUUAUGCUAUAUACCGCGCCCAACACUUGAUAUACAUAACUGGAUGGUCUGUGUAUACUAAGAUCACCUUGGUAAGGGACUCAAUGGAGCCAAAGCCAUCUCAAAUUAUGAUGACACUUGGGGAAUUGCUCAAAAUGAAGGCGGGUCAAGGUGUGAGAGUCCUUAUGCUUAUUUGGGACGACAGAACUUCAGUUGAGGCGCUAAAGAAGGAUGGCUUGAUGGAAACCCAUGAUCAAGAAACUGCGGAUUACUUCCGGGACACAAAGGUGCGUUGUGUUCUGUGCCCCCGUUAUUCUGACAGGGGACGAAGUACAGUUCAGGGAUUUGAAACUUCUACUAUGUUUACUCAUCAUCAGAAAACAGUUGUGGUAGACAGCGAAAUGGCUGAUAUAGGGUACGAGAAGAGGAGGAUUGUGAGUUUUGUUGGUGGCAUUGAUCUUUGUGGUGGGCGAUAUGACACACAAGAACAUCCCCUGUUCAGGACUUUGGGCACAAUCCAUCAUGAUGAUUUCCAUCAGCCCAAUUUCCCGGGAGCUUCCAUCACCAAAGGUGGACCAAGGGAGCCCUGGCAUGAUAUUCAUUGCAGGCUAGAAGGCGCUGUUGCUUGGGAUGUCUUGUAUAACUUUGAGCAGAGGUGGAGGAAGCAAGUCGGAGAAGAUGGUCUUUUUCCACUGAGCAAGCUUGAACAAAUCACAAUCCGCCCAUCCCCAGUUACCACACUGGAAGACCCUGAAACAUGGAAUGUUCAGCUAUUCAGAUCCAUUGAUGGCGGGGCUGCUGCUUUUCCCUUCCCUGAAAAGCCCCGAGAGGCAGCAGAUCGUGGCCUUAUUACUGCAAAGAAUAGUCUCAUCGACAGAAGCAUUCAGGAUGCUUAUAUCAACGCCAUUCGACGGGCAAGGCAUUUCAUUUACAUCGAGAAUCAGUAUUUCAUUGGAAGCUCCUUUGACUGGGCUGCAAAAGACAUCAAGGUUGAAGAUAUAAAUGCAUUGAAUCUCAUACCCAAGGAGCUCUCACUAAAGAUUGUCAGCAAGAUUGAGGCAGGGGAGAGGUUCACUGUUUACAUUGUAAUCCCACUGUGGCCAGAAGGCAUACCCGAGAGCGCUUCCGUUCAGGCAAUAUUAGAUUGGCAGAGGAGAACAAUGGAAAUGAUGUAUACUGAUAUUGUCCAAGCUCUUCAAGCCAGGGGAAUCCACGCAAACCCGAGGGACUAUUUAACAUUCUUCUGCCUUGGCAACCGUGAGCUGAUCAAUGCCGAUGAAUAUAAGCCUAAAGAGAAACCAGCAGAGGGUAGUGAUUACAUGAGAGCUCAGCAGUCUCGGCGUUUCAUGAUCUAUGUUCAUUCAAAGAUGAUGAUAGUGGACGAUGAGUACAUAAUCAUUGGGUCGGCCAACAUCAACCAGAGGUCAAUGGAUGGUGGGAGAGACACAGAGAUAGCCAUGGGAGGGUACCAGCCACAUCAUUUAGCAGCAACCGAGGAGAGGGGGAGGGGUGCGAUCCAUGGUUUUCGAUUGGCGUUAUGGUAUGAGCACCUUGGUGGGCACGAUGCCUCCUUCCUCCAUCCAGAAAGCGAGGAAUGUGUGAGAGUAGUAAACGAGUCUGCUGAGAGGAACUGGAGAGCGUAUUCAAGUGACACGCUGGUGGCAGAUCUUCCAGGGCAUUUGCUCAGUUACCCAGUCCAAGUCAACCAGAAUGGCACCGUCACUGCGCUGCCGGAGACUGAGUUCUUUCCUGACACCAAGGCUCGUGUCCUUGGCACCGUAUCUGAGUUCCUUCCACCCAUCCUUACCACCUAGCAUGAACUAUUCUAUACAUUGGAAAAAAACAAAAAAUAAAUAAAUAGUGUACUUAAGCCACACUAGUUUAUUUUAUUUAAAGAUGAAACUAAAUAGGAAAUAAUACAUUGUGUUGAAGAAAAUGAAUCAUAGGAAAUAUUCAUUUGAUGCCAGCUUUAAAAAAAUUGAAAAAAAAAUAUUUAUUUUCAUAUAAAAAUCUUAAAUUUAUCUUGUUUUCAUGCAAAGAUGAGAUCAAUUGUCAAGUUCAACAGAUGAGCUCAUGAGAGUUGUCGUACCCUUUGUAUGUUUUAUCUUAAGUCAUUUGAGAAUAUCUUCAAUAUAUUUAGCUUGAUUGAA